AUGUCAGGUCGGCGUAGCGGCCUGUCUGGCCUCUCAUCAUCCGACAAAUCCGGCCGGGGCGGAGACGACAGUACCGCGUCGAAGCGAGGCGACGAUGACGAUCGCGACAGGGACAGAGACGUGGAUAGCGAUUCGCGAUCCAGGGGCAGCAGCGCCAGCGCAGGAAGAAGCGGCGGUCGCGGCGGGUCCGGGGAGAAGGAACGCGAUAGCAGCGGCGGCGGCGGCGGAAAGGGCGGAGGAGCGAUGGUGCUGUUUCAGAACGUGGGCGGCUCGGUGACGUUCUUACUUCAGAUCGCGCUUCUAGCGUGGGGCAUACGGCAAUUGCGCAGCGUGCUCGCGAAGCGCCGGGAAUCCCGCCAGCGCAACCAGGGCAGCAGCGCCGGCGCGUCCCCCGCCUUCGCCUCGCUCUCCCCGCUCGCGGCGCUCAUGAUGGCGGGGUGGACGGGGGAAAGCGGGGGCGCAAGCGGCGGAGCUGGCGCAGGUGGGGCGGGGAGCAGCAGCGCGGGGGCUGGCGUUCCCGCGCCAAGCCUUGCUGCGGCUGGAAGCGGGGUAGGCGGGGGCGCGGGUGAAAUCGGCGCAGGGAGGAUAGGCGCAGGGGGAGAGGAUGGGGGCGUGGCGGAGGCGGGAGGUCUGACACCAACAGCGAGAGCAGCAGCAGUGGGGGGAGCAGAAUCAGGGGCAGCAUCGGGGGGGGAAGGGGGAAGCGGGGGAGGAUGGGGGGGCAGAAACGCGGUGGUGGUGCCCCACGUGGUGAUAGAUGUGCGGGCGAGAGACGUGGCCAAGAGCCAGCCCAUACCGCUGCCGUCCCCACACGUUCUCAACAUACCAGUCGUCUCAAAACCCUCCACUCCCUCUCCCCCCUCUCCCCUCUUUCCCCCACCUCCCUCCCCCUUCCCGCCCCCAGAGAGCGAUCUGCUACAGGCGCUACAGCUGCCAGCAGCGGCGUGGGAGCACCGGUUCCACGACACGCGCCAGCCGGACCGCCGCCACCUGCUGCUCUUCCUCUCCUCGCACGGCAACUCCGCACAGCGUGCCGCCACAGUCGCCGCCUCCCUCGGAUACACCCGCUCCUGUGUCCUCGCUGGGGGGCUAGAUGCCCUCAAGAAAUUCCUCGCCUCGUCCGCUGCUGCUGGUACCCCUGCACCGUCGCCUUCAGAGGCGGAUGGGGAAGGACAUGGGGCAGAUGGGCUGGGUGGGGCGGAGGGAGGGGGGAGAGCAGGAGGGGAAAGCAAUGCACGGGGAGAAGAAGAGAGGGGGGGAGUGGAAGGUAGAGGGGGAGAAGGUAGAGAGAGGGAUGGAGGGGGGGCUGAGGCAGAGGGACAUGGGAGGGGAGAAGCAGCACAAGGGGGGGAAGGAGUAGGGCGGGUGGUGUGGGAGGAGGUGGGAGGAGGCAAGCCGUGGUUUUAUUUGAUUGAUGUGAGACGGUUCGAUGAGCGUGUGCUGUAUGGAGGGAUACCGGGCUCCGUGCACAUACCAGCGGAGGUGUGGCCAGUGGCACUGUCACUGGGCGAGGAGGCAUGGAAGCAGCGCUACCAGUGGCCCAAGAUGGAGCCCCACUCGCUUCUCAUCCUCCACUCCAACACGGGGCCUCGAGCGUAUUGGGCAGCACAAGUGGCACGAGAUGCAGGCUAUAACAGGUGCUUUGUGAUGCGUGAGGGCACACACGGGUGGCGCCUGCACCCCUCUGUCUGUGUCUAUGACGAUUACCCCGAGGUGGAGCAGGGCGGCGUGCCACCAGCACCGCAGUCGUUCACAGUGGAGGCCGUGGAUGAGGGCAUGGCGGAGCAGCAGCUCAGGCUGCUCGGCAUUGCACUCUGA